AUGUCUACGUUUGGCUAUAGAAGAGGACUGAGUAAAUAUGAGUCCAUCGAUGAGGAUGAACUCCUGGCUUCCCUUACACCUGAGGAGCUGAAGGAGCUAGAGAGGGAACUGGAAGACAUUGAACCUGACCGAAACCUUCCUGUGGGGCUAAGGCAGAAGAGCCUUACAGAGAAAACCCCCACGGGGAACUUCAGCAGAGAGGCGCUGAUGGCCUAUUGGGAAAAAGAAUCCCAAAAGCUCUUGGAGAAGGAGAGGCUGGGGGAGUGUGGAAAGGUAGAAGAAGACAAGGAGGAGAGCGAGGAGGAGCUGAUCUUCACGGAGAGCAACAGUGAGGUUUCGGAGGAGGUGUACACAGAGGAGGAGGAGGAGGAGGGACAGGAGGAGUCGGAGGAGGAGGACGAGGACAGUGAGGAAGAGUCCACAAUCGAAACUGCAAAGGGUGUCAACGGAACGGUGGACUCCAGCCGGGUCAAGCCCCAGACCUUUAGGAGCCAAAUGGAAACCAUCCACUUAACCAACGGGAGCCGCGCAGGGUCCCCCGCGCCCCCCGCGCCCCCCGCGCCCCCGCACCCCUGCGGCAAUCCCACGGUGAUCGAAGACACGCUGGAGAAGAUUCGGAACAACGACCCCGACACCGUGGAGGUCAACCUGAACAACAUAGAGAACAUCACGUCGCAGACCCUGGCCCGCUUCGCCGAAGCCCUGAAGGGCAACACGGUGGUGAAGACGUUCAGCCUGGCCAACACGCACGCGGACGACAGCGCGGCGCUGGCCCUGGCCGACCUGCUCCAGGUCAACCAGCACAUCACCAGCCUCAACGUGGAGUCCAACUUCAUCACCGGCAAGGGCGUCCUGGCGCUCAUGCGCGCGCUGCGGCGCAACGCGGUGCUCACCGAGCUGCGCUUCCACAACCAGAGGCACCUGAUGGGCAGCCAGGUGGAGAUGGAGAUCGCCAAGCUGCUGAAGGAGAACACCACGCUGCUCAGGCUCGGCUACCAUUUUGAGCUGCCCGGACCCCGAAUGAGCAUGACGAGCAUCCUCACCAGAAACAUGGAUAAACAGAGGCAGAGGCGGAUGCAGGAGCAAAAGCAGCAAGAGGGGAACGAUGGCGGAUCCAGUCUUAGGACCCACGUCUGGCAGAGAGGAACCCCUGGCUCUUCUCCCUACGCGUCUCCCAGGCACUCUCCCUGGUCCUCCCCCAAACUCCCCAAGAAAGUCCAGACCGGGGGGCGCAGCCGGCCCCCCUCCCCCGUGGCCCCGCCCCCGCCCCCGCCCCCACCCCACAGGCUGCCCCCUCCCCCGCCACCCCCCCCACCGCCUCCACCCUCGGAGAAAAAGCUCAUCACCAGAAACAUCGCCGAAGUCAUCAAGCAGCAGGAGAGCGCCCAGCGGGCACUGCAGAACGGACAGAAAAAGAAAAAAGGCAAAAAGGCCAAGAAACAGCCCAACAGCAUCCUAAAGGAAAUAAAGAAUUCUCUGAGGUCGGUGCAAGAGAAGAAAACGGAAGAAAGUUCUCGACCUUCGACGCCACAGAGAUCGGCUCAUGAGAACCUCAUGGAAGCGAUUCGGGGGAGCAGCCUGAGCCAGCUGCGAAGGGUGGAAGUUCCAGAAGCUCUGCGGUAA